AUUCACAGUGUACACACCGCAAAUUCAAAGUUCCUCCUCUUAUCACUGAAUUUUAAUAUAUUGUCUAAAGAAAGGGAGAGCAAAAUGGCCCCAAUUCAGAAGCACUUCUCUUCUCACGUUGAAGACAACACAAGCAGUGCAAGCAGCAAGAACUUCAAGGCCAGCAGUUCCUUCCACACAGUCAAAACGUCUUCAUUCCAGAACAGUGCAAUUUCCAGGGAAAGCAAAACAUCCACGAACAGUGAUCAACCACAGAAACGCAUCUCACACACUGAAAAUCAGGCUGACCGAGAGGUAAUGCUGCCCAUCAUCUCACGGGGUCAUUUCCACCACGACUCGUUCUUCGAGAACCUCCGCCAGCAGUUCGAUACCGCCGUGCAAGACAUGCUGGAUCUGUGGAAUUCACGGUCAUCCUUCGAGGACGACCUUCUUUCCUACAGACGAAUGCGAGAUCUCAACCUCACGGAAGAGAAUCAGGCUGUUUCCGUCAGCCAAGACAAUACGUCGCAUCAGGUCGUGAUUGACGUGCGCAACUUCAUGGACGGCGACAUCAAAGUGAAGGUGGUGGACGACAGCGAACUGGUGAUAGAAGGCAGCGUCGAGAAGCGACAAGAUGGCUCCGUCUCGAAGAGCACUUUCUGUCGACGAUUCUCAUUCCCGGGUCUCUUGAGCGAAGACACUGUGUCCUCGUCCAUGUCGGCAGAUGGAGUUCUUACUGUUACUGUUCCGAAAAAGAGUUCCUUAACAAACAGGGAGGGCCGAACUAUCAAAAUCACUACCUCGCACAAAAACUCUGCAGAUGCUACAAAUACACACAAGAAUAUUACAAACAACGUCGAAGCAAAACAAGUUAGUGUCGAAGAAAAAUCAUCAAAAUCGUCUCAAGUGAACGUGGAAGAAGAUCAGGCUCAGUCGACGGAGUCUCAGAACACGAAGGAUUCGAGCGAGUCGAUGGAGGCUAAGCCAUUUGCUUCCUUCCACCUUCUUCCCAUUUCCGAAAGAGGUCCUUUCUUCCGCGAUUCCUUCUUUCAGGACACUCGACAGCAAUUCCAACAAGCCGUCGACAAAGUUCUCAAAGAGUGGGGACAACUUGACUCUGCGAGCGACCACAUGGACAUGUACAGGAACUUGCGAAAGCACAACUUGCAGGAAGAGAACCAAGCCGUCGCCUUCAACGAGGACCACCAGUGUUAUAAGAUUGUGGUGGAUGUACAAGACUUCAAGGAAGGCGACGUCAAGGUCAAGGUGGUGGACGAGAAUGAGCUAACAAUCGAAGGCAAUUUGGAGAUCAAUCGAGACGAUUCUGUGUCCAGCAAGAGUUUCUUCCGCCGUUUCUGCUUCCCAGGACUCGUGAGUGCCGACACCGUGAGGUCCGGGGUGUCAUCUGACGGCAUCCUCACUGUUACUGUACCAAAGAAAACAUCAAGAUCCAAGUCCAGUGCGGUUUCUGAAGCUCAGGUUUCCAAAACUUCAUCUCAAAGCACUGGAGAAACUCUUACAGCGAAUACAAAAUCAGAAAAGCAAAGUUGUCGCUCCGAGUAUCAGAAUACAUGUUCUAAGAGGUCUGAAGUGGCUUCAUCGUCGUCACUAACGAACAAAAUCAUCAGCGAGGAAAAACAAGAAAAGCAAGAAAAAGACGCCCAUAAUAAAAUCGGUCAAAUAGGAUCCAUGCUUGCACACAAUAUACAGUCAAGCAAAGACGCAGUGGACAAGUGCCUUUCCAUCUCCUCGAAGGGUCAGUUCUUCUCUGAUUCCUUUUUCGAAGACGUUCGUAAGGACUUCGAAACGGCUGUCAAUGAAGUCCUCAGCAGGCAUGACAUUAUGGGGAGUGCCAACGACGAACUCUCCUGCUACCGAAGUCUACGAGAACGUGAGCUCAAGGAUGAGACUCAGGCGAUGAAGACUACAGACGAUCAAAACGGAUUUAAGGUAGUGUUAGACGUCCGCGACUUCAUGAACGAAGACGUCAAAGUGAAGGUGGUGGACAACAAGGAGGUGGUGGUGGAAGGUCGUACGGAGAAGAGCGACGGAACCUUGAGGUCAAGCAAGAGCUUCUGUCGGCGCUUCACUUUUCCUGGCGCAGUAGACAUGAGUGCUGUCACUUCAGCAAUGUCCUCCGACGGUGUCCUCACCAUCACAGCACCCAAACGCGAGGAAGGGAAAGGAACGCGCUAUGACAUCAUCAGAAAAAGCAAAAUGGCCCCAAUUCAGAAGCGCUUCUCUUCUCACGUUGAAGACAACACAAGCAGUACAAGCAGCAAGAACUUCAAGGCCAGCAGUUCCUUCCACAUAGUCAAAACGUCUUCAUCCCAGAACAGUGCAAUUGCCAGUGAAAGCAAAACAACCAAGAACAGUGAUCAGCCACAGAAACGUAUCUCACACACUGAAAAUCAGGCUGACCGAGAGGUAAUGCUGCCCAUCAUCUCACGGGGUCAUUUCCACCACGACUCGUUCUUCGAGAACCUCCGCCAGCAGUUCGAUACCGCCGUGCGAGACAUGCUGAAUCAGUGCAAUUCACGGUCAUCCUUCGAGGACGACCUCCUUUCCUACAGACGAAUGCGAGAUCUCAGCCUCACGGAAGAGAAUCAGGCUGUUUCCGUCAGCCAAGAUAAUACGUCGCAUCAGGUCGUGAUUGACGUGCGCGACUUCAUGGACGGUGACAUCAAAGUGAAGGUGGUGGACGACAGCGAACUGGUGAUAGAAGGUAGCGUCGAGAAGCGACAAGAUGGCUCCGUCUCGAAGAGCACUUUCUGUCGACGAUUCUCAUUCCCGGGUCUCUUGAGCGAAGACACUGUGUCCUCGUCCAUGUCAGCAGAUGGAGUUCUUACUGUUACUGUUCCGAAGAAGAGUUGCUUAACAAACAGGGAGGGCCGAACUAUCAAAAUCACUACCUCGCACAAAAGCUCUGCAGAUGCUACAAAUACACACAAGAAUAUUACAAACAACGUCGAAGCAAAACAAGUUAGUGUCGAAGAAAAAUCAUCAAAAUCGUCUCAAGUGAAAGUGGAAGAAGAUCAGGCUCAGUCGACGGAGUCUCAGAACACGAAGGAUUCGAGCGAGUCGAUGGAGGCUAAGCCAUUUGCUUCCUUCCACCUUCUUCCCAUUUCCGAAAGAGGUCCUUUCUUCCGCGAUUCCUUCUUUCAGGACACUCGACAGCAAUUCCAACAAGCCGUCGACAAAGUUCUCAAAGAGUGGGGACAACUUGACUCUGCGAGCGACCACAUGGACAUGUACAGGAACUUGCGAAAGCACAACUUGCAGGAAGAGAACCAAGCCGUCGCCUUCAACGAGGACCACCAGUGUUAUAAGAUUGUGGUGGAUGUACAAGACUUCAAGGAAGGCGACGUCAAGGUCAAGGUGGUGGACGAGAAUGAGCUAACAAUCGAAGGCAAUUUGGAGAUCAAGCAAGACGAUUCCGUGUCCAGCAAGAGUUUCUUCCGCCGUUUCUGCUUCCCAGGACUCGUGAGUGCCGACACCGUGAGGUCCGGGGUGUCAUCUGACGGCAUCCUCACUGUUACUGUACCAAAGAAAACAUCAAGAUCCAAGCCCAGUGCGGUUUCUGAAGCUCAGGUUUCCCAGACUUCAUCUCAAAGCACUGAAGAAACUCUCACAGAGAAAACAAAAUCAGAAAAGCAAAGUUGUCGCUCCGAGUAUCAGAAUUCAUGUACUAGGAGGUCUGAAGUGACUUCAUCGUCGUCACCAAUGAACAAAAUCAUCAGCGAGGGGAAACAAGAAAAGCAAGAAAAAGACGCCCGUAAUAAAAUCGGUGAAAUCAUAUCCAUGCUUGCACACAAUAUACAGUCAAGCAAGGACGCAGUGGACGACAAGUGCCUUUCCAUCUCCUCGAAGGGACAGUUCUUCUCUGAUUCCUUUUUCGAAGACGUUCGUAAGGACUUCGAAACGGCUGUCAAUGAAGUCCUCAGCAGGCAUGAUAUUAUAGGGAGUGCCAACGACGAACUCUCCUGCUACCGAAGUCUACGGGAACGUGAGCUCAAGGAUGAGACUCAGGCGAUGAAGACUACAGACGAUCAAAAUGGAUUUAAGGUAGUGCUAGACGUCCACGACUUCAUGAACGAAGACGUCAAAGUGAAGGUGGUGGAUAACAAGGAGGUGGUGGUGGAAGGUCGUGCGGAGAAGAGCGACGGAACCUCGAGGUCAAGCAAGAGCUUCUGUCGGCGCUUCACUUUUCCUGAAGCAGUAGACAUGAAUGCUGUCACUUCAGCAAUGUCCUCCGACGGUGUCCUCACCAUUAGUGCACCUAAAAUUUAAAAUAGAGAACAUUAGAUAUUCUAACUAUUAUACAAUAUACAUGUGUAUAAUUGUAAAAUGGAUUGUAAAGUUAAUUAAUAAACCCAUUUGUAUGAAAUGUUCUCGAUGAUAUCGAUGUAUGUUGAAGAUAUUUAUUGAAUAUUGUUACAUUAUAUAUUUUCUGAAUAUAUUUUUAUAUGCAAUAAAUCUUUAUUAAUCUA